AUAUAAACAGUUUUGCUCCGCCUCCAUAUCACGACGUGAAAACACAAAGACGAGAAUGGAGGCUUGUGUUGCUGUCGAGAAAGAAAUUGAUAAGAUUCUAAGUAAAUUUGCUAGUAUUCGGGAGAAUGGUUCAAAAAACAUUGAGGAGACUAUCGAGUUUCUGUCGUCAAUUAAACCAGAAUUGGAACAAGCCCAAGCAGACACUGAGUUUAACGAACGUCAGUUGUUCAUCAUCCAUCUUGCAAUAGCAAAAGUUAAGGAGACAGUUUCUCGAUUGGCCAGUGAACACAGAGAUCUCCAUAGUUCUGUUUCAAAAGUUGGAAAAACCAUUGACAGAAAUUUCACUCAAGAUUAUGCUUCUACAAGUUUUGAUAGAGUAUUCUCAGGAGCCGAUAAGGAAAAAUUACUUAAUCAAGUGAUUUGUCAACACAUGUAUAGACAUGGUUUCUUGGAAAUAGGGGAGGAAUUAGCCAAAGAGUCUGGCCUGGAAAUUCAUGAGAACAGUAAACAACCAUUCAUAUUACUUAAUGAAAUUUUGGAAAAACUGCGACAUAGGAAUCUCGAUGCUGCUUUAGAAUGGGCGCAAACCCAUCGAGAGCAACUAAUGGAACAGAAUAGUAGUCUUGAAUUUAAACUACACAGACUGCAAUUUCUUCAACUUGUGUCUGAAGGGCCCGGAAAGCAAGGAGAAGCACUUGCUUAUGUGCGAAGACAUUUUCCGCCUUUCGUUCAUCAGCACGAAACUGAUAUUCAGAACCUAAUGGGAGUUUUGGCCUUUAUUCCUUAUGGAGUUCACAACUCUCCCUAUAAAAAGCUGUUUGACCCUAUCCUUUGGACUGAAAUCUGUGAGGUUUUUGUAAAGGACGCCUGUGCUCUUCUUGGAUUCAGUGUCGAAAGUCCCUUGUCGGUUUGCGUUAACGUGGGAUCUAUAUCAUUACCGGCAUUGCUGAAUAUUAAACAAGUGAUGGCCCAAAGGCAGGUUGCAGGAAUGUGGAACGCUAAAGAUGAACUUCCAAUUGAAAUUGAUGCUGGGCGUGAAUAUCGUUACCAUUCGAUAUUUGCUUGUCCAAUUCUGCGACAACAGGGUUCUGAUUCGAACCCACCCAUGCGACUGGUAUGUGGUCAUGUUAUUUCGCGUGAUGCUUUGAACAAACUCAGUUCCGGAAACAAUGUUCUUAGAGCUAUCCGCACUGGCCAAUCCGUUGCUAGGUUAAAAUGCCCCUACUGCCCACGGGAAUUCGACAGUAGCGAAGCCAGACAACUUCAUUUCUAAAAAAAUUUUGACAGCUUGUUGUCUUGACAGUUGAGAAUCAUCUGCGAAGUCUUCGAGUCCCACCUUCAAAAUGGCGUAUUAAACAAUAAAAGUUUGGUUUGGGAAGAAAAAUUAUUUAGAUUUUCUUAAUUUUAUUGAAUGAAAAUCCAUACACAACUAUUGAUGUUAAAGAAAUUA